CAAGCUGAAUGCAUUCAGACUGCUUGCAAGUUGUAACCAGCAUCUCUCCCCACACUGCUGUCAUCUGCUGCCUCUCACACACAGGGAGGAUAUUAACUGUGACCGGCCAACAACAUGCCCACAGAUCUCCACCAAACAGGCCAGAUGCUUCUGCUGCAUCGACCAGCGCCGGUCACCUGUACAAACCACAAAGGGGUCUGAUUGGGAGAAGAUCUAGCCUGGAUGAGAGCCCCAUUCAGAAUGAACGCCUGUCAUUACGAUAAGCGGAUGGACUUUUUCUACAAUCAGAGCAAAUCUCAAACAGAGGAUGAUUGGAGCGGCACCAAGCUAAUCAUGUUGUUUUGUUUUGGUGCUUUCUGCAGUUUGUUCAUAUUCAUGUCAAAUUUGUUAGUGAUCGCAGCCGUCGUGAUAAACAAAAGGUUCCAUUACCCGUUCUAUUAUUUAUUGGCCAACUUAGCGGCUGCGGACUUGUUCUCUGGGAUUGCCUAUAUUUUCAUGAUGUUUCACACGGGACCAGUGUCCAAAACGCUCACUGUUCAUCGAUGGUUCCUGCGGCAGGGCCUCUUGGAUACUAGCAUGACUGCAUCGCUGGCGAAUCUCCUGGUCAUCGCCGUUGAGAGGCACAUAUCUAUUGUACGAAUGAGAAUCCAUACCAACCUCACCAAAAGGAGGGUGACCUGUCUCAUUCUGCUUAUCUGGGGUAUUGCUAUUUUUAUGGGUGCUGUGCCCACGUUGGGCUGGAACUGUAUUUGUGAUAUCACCACAUGCUCCUCCCUUGCACCCCUUUACAGCCGGAGUUAUCUUACUUUUUGGACUGUCUCUAAUUUGGUCGUUUUUCUAAUCAUGGUGGUGGUCUACCUGAGGAUUUACAUGUAUGUCCAGAGGAAGACCAACGUCUUGUCUUCACACACCACUGGUUCAAUCAGCCGAAGACGGACUCCAAUUAAGUUGAUGAAGACAGUCAUGACUGUAUUAGGUGCAUUUGUAAUUUGCUGGACUCCAGGGAUGGUGGUCCUGUUGUUGGAUGGCCUCAACUGCACCCAAUGUGGACUUCAGCAGGUGAAAAGGUGGUUUCUUCUGCUCGCCCUGACGAACUCUGUCAUAAACCCCAUUAUCUACUCAUACAAGGACGAGGAGAUGUGGAGGACAUUUAAAGGAAUAAUGCGUUGCAGCUUUUACUGGGGAAACCGGCGCAGCUCGCGGUUUCCAUCUACGGUGAACAGCACGCGGAGUAACGACACCACUACCAGCCAUUACCUGGAGGAAAUUGGCAGCCAGUCACCGACAGUAAAUGCCAAGUGACCGAAAGAGAAUGAAUGCAAUGAUGCACACUGACUAAGGCUCUGUUCACAUCUAGGCGUUGCUAUUUUACAGACAUUUUUUUGGGGCGUUUUUGCAGCGUUAUUGUACAGGCGUUUUGAAGUUCAAAAGAUCACCAAGCUAAAAGAAUUACAAUGCCUGUAAUCUGCCAAAAAAAUAAGCUCUGUACUUUUUCGAGCGACGGGAAUUUUGCUUUUGGCGACAGAACACUCAUAUGUGAACAGGGGCCAUUGAAAUGAAUAGGAUUAGGCCUUGUACACACGACCGAGGAACUCGUCGUAAAAUAAAC